CUCAGCUGUCUCUGCACUUGGUGAGAAAAGAGCCAUAGUCCAAUGAGUUGAACGCCCCAAGCCAACUACCGACGACAUCUAUCACACGCCUCGCUCGCCCCUGGGACAUUCGAAUCCCGAGCUUGGAUCUGCUCGAUGCAGAGGAUCAUACCUUGAUGCGCGGCCCCUCAGCGACGAGCGUGCGCUUUACGCAGGACCAAUUGGUCGGUAUUCCACGCCAAUUGCCACGAUUUCCCUUGUCGAGCAAAACGGCGCGUAUCUCCUUGCAAGGCAAUGUUCCUGCACAACGGUCAUGGCAGUGGAAGACGUUGAAACGGAGUGGCAUCGAUCACAAAAGAUCAUUUCACUGCGGCACGCCGACCUUCGCUAAGCCUGCGGCGCCGUCGCGGUCUUCACUCGAGGAGCGAAUACUUUCGAUUCCGAUCGAACGAUACCGCAACUUUUGUAUCGUGGCCCAUAUUGACCACGGCAAGAGUACCCUCAGCGACCGCCUCCUGGAGAUCACCGGUACAAUAUCUGCCAGUGAUGCAAACAAACAAAUUCUCGAUAAACUGGAUGUCGAACGUGAACGGGGCAUUACUGUCAAGGCGCAAACUUGCACCAUGAUAUACAACUACAAAGGCGACGACUACCUCCUGCAUCUCGUUGACACUCCUGGUCAUGUCGACUUUCGAGCCGAAGUUACGCGAUCGUACGCCAGUUGCGGUGGUGCUCUGCUGCUAGUCGAUGCUAGUCAGGGUAUCCAGGCUCAAACUGUCUCUAAUUUCCAUCUUGCAUUCGCCCAGGACCUGGCUCUCAUUCCUGUUGUCAACAAGAUUGACAUGCCCUCCGCCGAUGUACCGAGGGUCCUCGAGCAGAUGCAUACGUCUUUUGAAUUGGAGCCCUCGACGGCUGUUCUUGUAUCGGCCAAGACUGGCAAGCACGUGGCCAACAUCCUCCCCGCCGUUGUAGAGAAGAUCCCGCAUCCCGUGGGCGAUGUUUCGAAGCCUUUGCGUAUCCUGUUGGUAGAUUCUUGGUACGACAACUUCAGGGGCGUGAUUCUGCUUGUGCGCAUCUUUGAUGGCCAGGUUAAGGCUGGCGACAAUCUCAUCUCAUUUGCCACUGGUCACAAAUACACCGUUGGCGAGGUCGGGAUACAAUACCCCAAUGCUGUCCCACAAAGUGUUCUUCGUGCUGGACAGGUAGGCUACAUCUACUUCAACCCUGGUAUGAAGCGCAUUCAAGACGCCAAACUCGGCGACACCUUCACCACCGUCGGAUCGGAGGACAUUGUCCAGGCGUACCCGGGUUUCGAGGAACCCAAGCCAAUGGUCUUUGUCGCAGCCUUUCCCACCGAUCAGGGCGACUACACGCGCCUCGCAGACAGCAUCAGCCAGCUUGUUCUGAAUGACAGGAGCGUGACCUUACAGAAGGACUAUUCCGAGGCAUUGGGGGCAGGCUGGAGACUAGGCUUCCUGGGCAGCUUACACUGCUCUGUAUUCCAGGAUCGGUUGAAACAGGAACAUGGCGCCAGCAUCAUCAUCACGGACCCGACUGUGCCGACUAAAGUUGAAUGGGCUGAUGGGACCGAGACGAUCUAUCAGAACCCGGCCGACUUCCCCAGUCAGGACGAGCACCGGAUGCGUGGUGCAACUGUCUUGGAACCUUUCGUUACUGCUACUAUGACUCUUCCAGAGGAGUACCUCGGCCGUGUCAUCGAGCUCUGCGAGAGCGUGCGUGGCGAGCAAAAGAGCUUUGAAUUCUUUCAUGCCACACAGGUUAUCCUCAAAUACGAUAUCCCUGCAGCUCAACUCGUCGAUGACCUAUUUGGUAAACUCAAAGGAGCAACAAAGGGAUACGCGACACUAGAUUAUGAAGACUCUGGCUGGCGAGCGAGUCAGCUCACGAAGCUGCAGCUUCUUGUCAACAAACAGCCCGUGGAUGCCAUUUGUCGUGUUAUCCAUACCUCACAGGCAGAGCGCCUCGGCAGGCAGUGGGUGACUAAAUUCAAGAAUCACGUCGAUCGGCAGAUGUUUGAGGUCGUUAUUCAAGCGGUGGCGGGCAGGAAGAUUGUUGCACGCGAGACUAUUAAGCCAUUUCGAAAAGAUGUGCUUGCAAAGCUACAUGCUUCCGACAUUACGCGCCGGAAGAAAUUGUUGGAGAAGCAAAAGGCCGGCCGCAAGCGACUUCGCGCCGUCGGCAACGUUGUCAUUGAUCAGUCUGCUUUCCAAAGCUUCCUCUCCAGGUGAGCGCGCCAAUUGUGGGGUAUCGAAUACGGAACACGUUUGUACAAAAGUUGAGGAGAAAAAGGACCCCACGGGGCCUAUGUAUGUGUAUGAGGACAGGGAAACUUGGUCUAAUAAUAAUCAUGCCCAAGCUUAAGUGGUCCCUUCGAUCUAGAGAAGUUUGGCCACUGGGGAUAUAUCUUUCCUGGUCGAGACUAUUGCCAAUAUCCCAGCGCCUAUGGUCGCCUCUGGCAUGAAUAGUGUCUGCUCUCCUUCACGACGGUGCCAACCCGCCAAGAGCCCCAGGCCUCCUCUUCGCGUCGUGUGACUGAGACCGCCACGAUGUAUACUUGGAGUAAUCCAUAUACUUGGGUCCUUUCGCAGAUGUCAUAAUCGCUAUUUGACUUCUCCUACUUCAAAUGCAAGGCUUAUGGCGGAGUCUCCGA